AUGUCACCCAUUUUUGAGCUUGACGUUCACUUUAUUUUUUUUUCUACCAUCACUUUUCAUCUUUACAAUAACAUCUUUCGACCUGAUUUUCCGUCAUUAUCUUUUUAUCUUCUUUUUUUUCUUCUUUCAUGUCAUUUCUUUCUUUCUCUCUCUCUCUCUCUCUCUCUUUCUCUCUCUCUCUCUCCAAAUGUCAGUUCUUCUCGUCUUCUUUCAUGUCAUUUCUCUCUCUCACUCUUUCUUACUCUCUCUCUCCAAAUGUCAGUUCUUUUCGCCUUCUUUCAUGUUCUCUCUCUCUCUCUCUCUCUCUCUCUCUCUCUCUCUCUCUCCAAAUGUCAGUUCUUUUCGCCUUCUUUCAUGUCAUUUCUUUCUCCCACCCUCUCUCUCUCCCUCCCUCCCUCCAAAUGUCAGUUCUUCUCGCCUUCUUUCAUGUCAUUUCUCUCUCCCUCCCUCCCCCUCCAAAUGUCAGUUCUUCUCGCCUUCUUUCAUGUCAUUUCUCUCUCUCUCUCUCCCUCCCUUCCUCCAAAUGCCAGUUCUUUUCGCCUUCUUUCAUGUCAUUUUCGUUUCUUAAUCUAA